AUGUUUACAGACAUCGAUUUGUCCGAAAAUAAAGAAAUGUCCGAUGACAAUAGUGCUCCAAAAUCACCCGAAAAAAACGAAAAAUCAUUCUUAUAUCGUCAUGUGAUUAAACCAUUCAAAAAAAAUCCAAUGACCUGUGCGAGUAUAGUGCUGAUCUUUUUAUCUACACUACUCUUAUUUGUGUUAUUGGUGGGUGGAAGAACGCGAAGCGUGUAUUUAUCGAAAUUCACUUUCAAGGAUCCGAUAAAAUUUAUCACGCAAAAGAAUGAAAUCACUUUUACACUAUAUGGACAUUGUGUUGAUGACAAGUGCACUCAACCGAAUAUGUUGAAUGAUUUUGAUAAAUUGCCUUCCUCAUCCGAGAUCACAAGUAAAGAUGAUGAUAGUGGCAGUGGCAGCGGCAAAAAAGUUAAACGUUUAGAUAUUGGCGGGGUCGCAAAAAGUGCGGGGGAUGCCGCAAAUAGUGCAGGCAAUUCCGCUAGUAAUGCCGCAAAUAGUGCAGGCAACUCCGCUAGUAAUGCAGCUAAUGGUGUCGGCCAAUCGAUCAGUAAUUCAGAUGCCACUAAAAAAGCUGCAGACAUCGGAAAAGAUGCUGUAGACGUUGCAAAAGAUGCAGGCGGAAAGGUAGUUGAUGCUGCCGGUGACAUUAUCAAAGAAGCAACCAAUCUAUUAAAUUCGUUACUAAAAGAAUUCGAAAAUUUCAAACCAAAACACACAACCGCCAAUUUUUCCGGAUUCAUCUCUAUUCCAUAUUUACUUGCCCUCUUAUCGAACGUUUGUUCCUUGAUCUUACUCUACUUUCAUCUCCCAACAUUUGCAACUUUAUUCCUGCUCGCGUCUACCAUCCUGAAUGGACUCGCACUGUUCUUUGAUUUAUUGGUGUUCGUCUGGGUGUUUGAUCUAAUAUCAGUCAUACCUGGUAUUGGAAGUCAACACACCGGACCAGGGAUCCAUUUGGCCUCUUGGAGUGCUGCGUUCUUGGGUGUUGCGAGCAUAAUGUUGGGUGGACGUCUUUACUAUAAAAUCUGUUGUGGCGGUUUUUCACGCGAUGCUUAUAAAGCUGUGAAAAAACAAGUGAGCAAAGGCAUAAAGAAAUUGCGAAAACCUAAAAUUAACGAAGAAGAGAAAAAGACACAAAUGCAGGAUAAAGUGUGA